AUGGCCAAGCCAUUGCAAACCAAGAUCAAGAGCUCUCGCUCAAACCAACUAGCCCAGGGUGUACUUAUAGUGAUUCUGUCGAUUCUUCUGUUCAAUAAGAAAGCAUCUAUAACAAGAGAUGAGACCGAGUUUAUAAGAAGUCUUAAAUCUUAUGAACAAGGGAGAUUCUGUCUCUACAAGCAUCUUCCAUUGCCAGGCAUACUCUGCCAUGGCCUGAAGAAGACCUUCUCGUAUAUGAAUGUUCCUUUGCUAUCCUUGGUAUUGGAAAGCCCUAGACUGGUCAGCCUUGGACUCUUUGUUGUGACCAUGCUGCAGAUCUCCUGGCUAUCCCAAGAAACAUACAAUCUGGAAGCUUCAUGGAUGGUUUUGGUGGUCUAUAUGGUCAGGUUGUUGGUCAACACUCAAACCAUAUUCUCCACAAACGAGAUGUUUUCUAUAUGUUUUCUUGCAGGAGGGAUUGUUCAGAUAAAAAAGAAACGCUCCUUUACCUCUGGGAUUCUGAUUGGGCUUUCGGUGGCGUCUAGCUGGGCAUCUCUGUGUAUUUUGCCUCCUCUUGCAAUAUUUUACGGCAUUGAACUGUUCUCAUUUGCAGCGAACCCUGUAAAUCGGUUAAGCAAGGCUUUUCAGAAACUUUUCAAAGGAAUUAUUGCAUUUGCAGUCAUCCCAGCUUCUAUAUAUUUCCUGUCGUUUCUUGUGCACUAUUCUAUCCAGAACCAACAUGCAAGAGAUGCCGAAAAGUUUUCUGUCGAAUUCCAAGCAACACUGAAAGGAAGCAUGCACGAGCCCACAGACAAGUAUCUCAUGGACAGAAGCAUAGUUACUAUCCUAAACCAAAAACACAACGUGUAUUUAAAUAUGAAGGAAGGCAUUCCCUCAUGCUCUGGACAGAAGGCGGAAGACUCCAUGUGGAUGAUCAUUAAGGUUCAUUCCAACCACUCGGGGGGAGAAGUUGAGGAGGAGGGUAGAUACAUUAAUCAUGGAGAUCUUGUGAAGAUGGUGGAGUUUGGAAGUAAUAUGUGUCUGAGGGUUGUGAAUGAAGACACAGAAGACAAGUUUAGAAAAGUUCUUGGAUUUGUCCAGGAGGACAACGAAGCAAAUGAAGAAGAUAUAUGGCAGAUAAUCGGAGAUGGACCAGUUGUCAGCAGGAACUCGUUGGUAAGAUUCAGGCACUACAAAACAGCAAUGGAUCUGUGUAUCAGGAGCCUCCGGAGAUCCGAGGAAAGCGAAGAUGGAGAAAACACUAUUGAAAAAGGUGUGAGUGGGUCGUUGUACAGCGAUAACAAGUCUAGACUGUUCUACAUCAGUGAUAACAGAAACCAUGACUUCUUCAAGAAGAACUUUGAGGAUGGAAGGCCUAAAGAAGAAGUCCUUAACUUUCCCCAAAAGGGCUUUAUGUCAAAGAUGUUUGAGCAUCAUAGGAAACUCAUAAAAACGUCCUCUGGGUGGAAAUGGGGUUCACCAGGUUACUCCAUGCUACAUCUUCAAAGUGGGGAGAGGUAUUUGAUGAAACACGACAUAGUUUUCAAUAUCUUUACAGUUGUAUCUUCAUUUUUAUUUCCUGUAGUACUUCUGGCCAACCACAUUUCUUGGAAGAAGUACGAUAAAGGUUUUAGAGCGAGAAAAGACGAUUCUUUUGUAUGUGUGAUGUACUUCUGUGCAGUUCUUAUGGGAAGCAUCCUCGGUUUUGGCCUAGCACCCUUGGAAAUGUUAAGCACCUGGAUGAUGCUGAACCUUGUGUUCCUUCUUGGGAUGAAGCCAGCCUUGAUUUUCUUUUCUGUCCUCCUCUCUACUUCGAUGAGAAUCUUGAGAUAA